CCCCCCCCCGAGCACAUUCUCGCCAUCCCUCUUGCCCUUUCCCCCCUUCGCCCGCCCCGCCUCUUCGCCCGUCUCUCCCAGCGCCAUGGAGGAACUCGGGGAAAUCCUCUUCGCGGACUUCAACCAGGACGCCUCCGGCUUCGCGAUCGGCUACCAAAAUGGCCUGUCCCUGUUCAACACGCGGCCGCUUCGGCAGCGGGUGGAGUGCCUCAUCCCCGGGGCCAAUGUCUCGCUGAUCGGGCAAAUCUACCGGCACAGCCUGCUGGCCUUCGUGGGCGACUCGGCCACCUUCCCCUCGACACGCGUGAAUCUCUAUGACCAGGCGGCCGACCAGGGCCAUGGGGCCCUGGUGUCGAGCGUGGACCUGCCCGAGCCGGUGGCCUCGCUGCAUCUGUCGCGGUACCACCUGGUGUGCUCGACGGAGACCGACGUGCGCAUCCACUCGCUGACCGCCUCGCUGGAGAAGCUGGCCUCCUUCCCGACGGCGCGGCACUCGCGCAACGGCGUGGCCUUGACCUCCGACAUGUCGAGCAUCACGCUGCUGGCCUUCCCCCCGGCCGGUACCGGCGACUGGCCGGCCCCCGGGGCCAUCACGCUCUUCCACCUGCCCGGGACCCUGCCCGGGGAGACGGUCACAUACCCCGUGCCGCAGGAGAUUCUCAGCUUCCGGGCGCACGAUUCGCCCAUCCGCGCCAUGGCCUUCAGCCAGGAUGGCUCGCUGCUGGCCACCUGCUCCGAGCGGGGCACCCUCAUCCGGAUUUGGGAUCUCUCGGCCAUUCACCGGGAGAUCAUCGGCCUGCGGCGGCCGGCGGAGCUGGCUGGCGACCAGGCGGCCAGCUCGGCGACGGUUGCGAUGGCGGCCGCGGCGGCGGCCGUCGCCGCCACCGCCACCCCCGGCGCCCCGGACCCGGUGGGUGCCGCGUCGUUGUCGUCGGAUGGGGCCCCGUCGACCGUCGCGACGCUCGGUGCAUCGAGCUUGCACUUGCGGCCGAAGAAGCUGCUGGAAUUCCGCCGUGGCUCCGAGGGGGCGGUCAUCCAGUGCCUGCGCUUCAGCCCGGGCGGUGAUCAGCUCCUGGUGUCCAGCGACCGGGGCACGGUGCACAUUUACAAUGUGUGGUCGGUGCUGGUCCAGGCGCCGGGGUCGGCCGAGGCACCGGGGUCGGCCGGGGCCGCGGGCGCGUCGUCCAGUGCGGCUGCCGGGGCGCCGGGCGCCGGGGCGGCCGCGCCGGGCGCCGGCGGGUCGGCGGGCUCCUCAUCGGCCUCCGGCUUGGAGGGGCUGACCCAGGACUUUGCCUUCCGGCUGUCCAACCGCACCAGCGGCCUGUCCUGGAUCGGGGCCAGUUACUUCCGGUCGAGCUGGUCCUUUUCCUGGUUCAAGGCGCCGGUGCUGGCGGACUUGCCGGCCAGCUUCCAGUCGGUCCGCCAGCGGCUGGCGGCGGCGGGGAUCGGCACGGACUCCCGGCCGCGCAACCGCGGGGCGGUCAUCUGCACGUGCGCCUUCGCCGGGGAUCUGCGCGGGCAGAUGUCGUUGUUGAAGCCGACCGAUGGUGAUGCAGGCAUGGCCAUCGGCGCCGCCGGGGGUGGCCUCAUGGCGGACUUGCACUCGAGCAAGGUGGCCGUCGGCACGCACUCGGACUCGGUGAUUGUCCUCACCGGCGAGGGGAUCUGGGCCCAGUACACGUGGAAUUUGGAGAAAGGUGGCGAGGCCAAGCUGGAGGCGGUUCUUCCGCUGACCGGGCCGUAGGCGUUCGUCCGGGCCGGGGGCGGGAGCCGGACCGGCCGCGCGAGCGACAGCCGCCUCGUGUCUCGCGGCCGGGGGACGUCCCUCGCGUGGGUCUACGUGUGGCCUUGGCCGUGCGCGGCCGUGCGCCAUGUGCCAGCACAUAGUGUGCAUGCUUUUGGCAUGUGCCGCGCGCGCGUGUACGGCCUGUGCCUCUCCCACUAUUCCCUCUCUCUCUCUCUUUCUCCCUGCCUCCUUCUCUCUCUCUCUCCCUCCCUCGGCCUCUCCCUCUUUUGGUUUGCCUCCCCCCUCGCCCCUCCCUGCUUCGCGGCCUCGGCCACGUUAGAACGAAAUAUACCCUCCUUAGACUCCGUCC